AUGGAGCCUCUGCAUCUCCCAAACCUUGAGGAAAGGACACUCGCGAGAUUUGACGAACUCGCAAAACAGGAGAAGAUCUUCUAUGAGGAAGCUGUCUCGGAGUUGAUCACAGUCGAUGGAUUCGACUUUCAAUUCAUCAUCGCCGGUACACUCAACAAGAAACCAAUCCUUGCUGCCAACGCACCCAGUAGAUCAAAGGCCGGUGGUCCAUUUGUCAAUCCGAAUCCAGAGGAGAUUGUCACAGACCUGGGUGCCAACCAUCGUCUGUUGGUCAACAAGUAUGGUAUUUUCAGGCCCAUGACUGUGAUACCGACGAAACACUAUGCUCUUCAGACCGAUGAUCUUGAUCUUUCGGAUGUCAAUGCGGCAUGGUCGGUCUUGAAGGCAUUCCAGUCUCCGUCGCUCUUCAUCUACAAUUGUGGCAUCAAUGCUGGUUCAUCCCAGGGUCACAAGCACACCCAAGUUUUUCCUCUACCAACUCAUCAACUGUGGCCUUCAAAGGCUACUUCUCAUGACGACAUCUCUACUGGUAUAGAGCAUGUGCCUUUCAAGCACUUUGUCAUACGUCUUCCAAGCGACGCUGAUGCGAAUACCGUAUUCAACUCAUACCUCCGCCUUCUCGACGCAUCUCGCGAAGUGCUAGCAAAGUCAGGCGAAGGCAGCAGAGACUACAAUGUAGCCAUGACUGCAGAAUGGAUCGCAGUCAUACCUCGUCGAACCAGCGAGGGACCUUACGGGGCUAAUGCCGCUGGGAUGUUGGGCAUCAUAUACCUGCCUGACCAGCAAGAGCGAGACAAGUGGUCUCAGCUCGGCUACACGAAACAACUCGUAGCCUUUGGUAUACCAGUUGACGCAUGA